AUGGCUUCUGCUUCAUUCCUUUCAACAAUCGGCAGAAGGUUAGAGGGGAAAGUAGCAAUGGUAACUGGAGGAGCUAGUGGCAUUGGUGAAGCAAUUGCGAAGCUCUUCUAUGAACAUGGAGCCAAAGUGGUCGUUGCCGAUGUCCAAGAUGAACUUGGCAACUCAGUUUGCAAAGACCUUGGAGGCUCAUCCAACUCCAUUUUCAUCCAUUGCGACGUCACAAAUGAAGACCACGUCCAAGAAGCUGUCGACAGAACCAUUACAACAUUUGGAAAACUCGACAUCAUGAUCUGCAAUGCUGGCAUAUCUGACGAGACCAAGCCAAGAAUCAUCGACAACACCAAAGCAGAUUUCGAGCGGGUCCUCAGGUUCAAUGUGACAGGAGUUUUCUUGAGCAUGAAGCAUGCCGCUCGCGUCAUGGUCCCCAUGCACAGCGGAUGCAUCAUCUCCACCUCCAGUGUAAGCUCCAGAAUCGGAGCUGCAGCAUCGCAUGCAUACUGCAGCUCCAAACACGCCGUGUUGGGGCUUACCAAGAACCUGGCGGUGGAGCUUGGGCAAUUUGGUAUACGGGUGAAUUGCUUGUCACCCUACGCGAUGGUCACGCCAAUGGCGUAUAUGAAGGUCAUUGGGCUCGAAAAUGAAGAACUUGAUAAGGCGAUGAGUGCGACUGGGAACCUUAAAGGAGCAACUCUGAGAGUGGAUGAUGUUGCAAAAGCAGCACAAUUCUUGGCAAGUGAUGAUGCUCAGUAUAUCAGUGGGCACAAUUUGUUCAUUGAUGGGGGAUUCACUGUGUGUAAUCCUGGACUUGGCAUGUUUAAGCAUCCAGAAUGUUGA